AUGAGUGUUAACUUGUCCCAUGGAGCUGCAUUUGCAAGGGCACAGAUGGGGGAAAUGGAGGAAAUUGUCUAUUUGCACACCGCUAACAGAUUGCUUGAAGACGACAAAGACAGGAAGGUCUUUGGAUUUAUACCCAUGCAUGUUUCUAGAAACGUUAAAAGAAAAUUUCCAAGGCGAAAUAAAUGGCAGGAGCAAUUGGCAAUGCCAAGAUUUUACCAAGUGGAUAUAUCAUCGCAUCUAUUCCAGAAUUACAAGACUAAAAGCCAAGGUUUUACCAAACAGGUGACCGUAUCAGCAAAGUCAAAAACCCAAAAUUCUUACCAUGAAUAUGACCGCUGA